AUGCGGGUCAACGAGCACUGGGCUUCUCCCCACACCAGAUUCAUGGACCUAGCUGAAGUGAUCGUGGUCAUCGGCGGUUGCGACCGCAAGGGUCUACUGAGGCUGCCCUUCGCCGACGCCUACCACCCACAGAGCCAGCGCUGGACCCCACUGCCCAGCCUGCCCGGCUACACUCGCUCAGAGUUCGCUGCCUGUGCUUUCCGCAAUGACGUCUACGUCUCCGGAGGCCACAUCAACAGCCGUGACGUAUGGAUGUUUAGCUCCCACCUGCACACCUGGAUCAAGGUAGCCUCACUGCUCAAGGGCAGGUGGAGACACAAGAUGGCAGUUGCCCAGGGUCAGCUGUUCGCGGUGGGCGGCUUCGACGGCCUGCGGCGGCUGCGCAGCGUGGAGCGCUACGACCCCUUCUCCAACACCUGGGCGGCCGCCCCGCCCCUCCCGGAGGCGGUGAGCUCCGCGGCGGUGGCGCCCUGCGCGGGCCAGCUCUACGUGAUCGGGGGCGCCGGACAGGACGGCGUCAACACUGACAAGGUGCAGUGCUUUGACCCCAAGGAGGACCGGUGGAGUCUGCGGUCACCAGCACCUUUCUCACAGCGAUGUCUCGAGGCUGUCUCCCUUGAGGACACCAUCUAUGUGGUGGGGGGCCUCAUGAGCAAAAUCUUCACCUACGAUCCUGGCACAGAUGUCUGGGGGGAGGCAGCUGUCCUCCCCAGCCCUGUGGAGAGCUGUGGCGUGACUGUGUGUGACGGGAAGGUCCACAUUCUUGGCGGGCGGGAUGACCGUGGGGAAAGCACCAACAGGAUCUUCACCUUUGACCCCAGCAGUGGGCAGGUAGAGGCCCAGACAUCCCUGCAGCGCUGCACCAGCUCCCAUGGCUGUGUCACCAUCGUCCAGAGCCUGGGCAGGUGACUCAGACUUGGACGGUCCGAGCCAGGAGGCAGAGAAGCAGGUGGAAUUCAGGCACACCACCCUGCUCCCUCGUGGCACCUCCAUAGCCCCUUAACUUAUUAUUGGCCCCUUUCUUGUAGAAAUAAAACCUCGUUGGGUCUGUGUUCCAGCUUGAGCCUGCUCUGCCUGAAGAAGUAAU